AUGACUGGUAAGCUUUCACUUCAGGCUGAUGGAUCAGAAAUAGACGUGUUUCCAUUAACGAAUUGGGGUAAGGGGAUUUCCCCUUCAGACUUUAUUGGAUUGUGUUUCCCCUUCGGAUUUUAUCAGAUCGGGUUAUGUGAGGAUGAUGGGUGGAUGGUGGAUGGUGGAUGGUGUAUAUAGAUGAUAGAUAGCUAUAUAUUAAUUUAAUAUGUAAUUUUUAAU